UGACUCCCGGCCGCGCGCGCCCCCCUCCCGGACGGACGAUGGCGAGCAGCGACCCCGCGGGGCAGGUGGCCGGCGCCACCGUCCUCGCCCAGGCCCUGCGAGCCCAGCGUGUGGAGUACAUGUUCGGCGUCGUGGGCAUCCCGGUGAUCGAGGUCGCCGUGGCGGCCCAGGAGGUGGGCAUUAAAUACGUCGGGAUGCGCAAUGAGCAAGCGGCUUGUUAUGCCGCCUCCGCAGUUGGAUAUCUGACAGGCAGGCCGGGAGCUUGCCUUGUUGUUUCUGGCCCGGGUCUCAUUCAUGCCUUGGGUGGUAUGGCAAAUGCAAACAUGAACUGUUGGCCCUUGAUAGUGAUCGGCGGUUCCUCUGAAAGAAGUCAGGAGACCAUGGGAGCCUUCCAGGAGUUUCCUCAGGUUGAAGCUUGUAGAUUAUAUAGCAAGUUCUCUGCCCGGCCAAGCAGUAUACAAGCUAUUCCCUUUGUUAUUGAAAAGGCAGUGAGAAGCAGUAUUUACGGUCGUCCAGGUGCUUGCUAUAUUGACAUACCUGCAGAUUUUGUGAACCUCAAGGUGAAUGUGAAUUCUGUCAAGUACAUGGAGUGUUGCAUGCCGCCUCCCAUUAGCAUGGCAGAUACCUCUGCUGUCUACACGGCAGCUUCUGUUAUCAGGAAUGCCAAGCGGCCUCUUCUUAUCAUCGGGAAAGGUGCUGCCUAUGCCCAUGCAGAGGAGAGUAUCAGGAAAUUGGUGGAGCAAUGUAAGUUGCCGUUUUUGCCCACCCCCAUGGGAAAGGGUGUUGUCCCUGACAACCAUCCAAACUGCGUGGGUGCUGCCAGAUCCAGGGCUUUGCAAUUUGCUGAUGUAAUUGUGUUAUUUGGUGCCCGAUUAAACUGGAUUUUACAUUUUGGACUGCCUCCAAGAUAUCAGCCAGAUGUGAAGUUUAUCCAGAUUGACAUCUGUGCAGAAGAACUGGGGAACAACGUGAAGCCUGCUGUGACUUUACUGGGAGACAUAAAUGCUGUCACUAAGCAGCUUUUGGGACAAUUUGAUAAAACGCCAUGGCAGUAUCCUCCAGAGAGCAAGUGGUGGGGAACUCUGAGAGAAAAAAUGAAGAGUAAUGCAGCGGCAUCCAAGGAAUUAGCUUCCAAAAAAUCCUUGCCUAUGAAUUAUUACACAGUAUUCUUCCAUGUUCAAGAACAACUGCCCAGAGACUGUUUUGUGGUAAGCGAAGGAGCAAAUACGAUGGAUAUUGGACGCACUGUGCUUCAAAAUUACCUUCCUCGUCACAGGCUGGAUGCUGGCACUUUUGGAACGAUGGGAGUCGGUUUGGGUUUUGCCAUUGCAGCUGCUUUGGUAGCUAAAGAUAGAAACCCAGGGCAGCGGGUCAUCUGUGUGGAAGGAGACAGUGCUUUUGGGUUUUCUGGCAUGGAAGUGGAAACCAUCUGCAGGUACAACUUACCAAUCAUAAUUUUGGUGGUAAAUAAUAACGGAAUUUACCAAGGCUUUGAUACAGAUUCUUGGAAGGAAAUGUUGAAAACUGGAGAUGCUGCUGCAGUGGCCCCUCCAGUCUGCCUCCUGCCAAACUCACAUUAUGAACAGGUCAUGACUGCAUUUGGAGGCAAAGGAUAUUUUGUACAGACACCAGAAGAACUUCAAAAAUCCCUGCAGCAGAGCCUGGCAGACAGAACCAAACCCUCUCUUGUCAAUAUCAUGAUUGAGCCACAAGCCAUGCGGAAGGCCCAGGAUUUCCACUGGCUGACCCGAUCUAACUUGUAACAUGUAAAGAUGCCAAUGAGUGGUCUUGAGGAGUUAGCUCUUUGCUGUAAGCAGAAUUUUAUUUUCCACAGCAAAAUUACUACAAUGUUAAAAUCAUGCCAAACAAAAUAAAAA